GCUUGUUGUGACUUGUAAGCUAGAUUUUUUGCCCAUGGCCUCCCUUCUCUAUCAGAGCCAUAGGCCCCUACACUAAGGCUCCAUUGCCUUCUUGAAUGGUUAAGGAUGAAGAAGAUAAGCCUAAUUUUGAGGAAAUGCAAGAGCUUAUCCAAACUAGGGAGGUCUUCCUCUUAUAGCAGCCUUAGGUCCAAGUCUGUCAGAAACGAGAUCUCGGAGGAGACAACGGACAGUGAGGAUCGCGAGGCUGUGCUCGUGGGCAAUUCUCGGAGGCGAUACAUGAUAAGAUCGAAGCAUCUGAGCCAUCCUCUUCUCAAUGCCUUGAUUGAGAGGUCAAAGAGCAAUGUUGGUGACAUCUCUAUCCCUUGUGAGGUUGUUAUAUUUGAUCAUCUCUUGUGGAUGUUAGAGAAUGCAGACCCCAGCUUGAAUUCUGAAUCUAUGGAAGAACUGGUGGAGCUUUACUCCUGUUGAAGAAUGUGUGAGGGCCCUCUCAAUUUGGCCUUCCCACCUUAGUUUCUACAUUCAAAUUUGAGAUGUAUUGAAGGAUACUUCAAAGGUAAAAUGCAAUGUAAUGCAUGAAAACCGUAAUGAGCAUUUUUCUAUUGGUUAUAGUGGUAUAAUUCCCUGUUUCCGAUCUUUGUGUGAGAGAGAGAGAGGUGAUCCAAUACAAGUGUUUGCUAAA